AUGAUUCUAAGAAUAAUAUCGUUUUAAUGUUUAAGACAAUUUCAUAUUUUUUAUGAAAUUAGAAUAAUUUUUUGGAAAAAAUACUUGUUUUAUAUAGAACUUCAAGAUCAAUUAGAAAAACAGAUCAAAUAAGUAUGCAGAAGUGUGCAAGAAGAGAAUAUCAGCAUUUCCCCUCGAAAAAAACUAGAAAAUGGAGAUUUGAUAAUCAUGAAUCCAAUAUCACUUUUUUCAUAUUUUUUGGUGUUUUACAUGCAUAUUUGGAGUGGGCUUAUCAAUAUACUUCAUUUUAAAGCGAUCUGA